AUAAAAAUAUAUAUCCGCUCCAUACAUAACCAUUUCAGUAUUAUUUGCUUACGUUCAUAGAACAUGUUAACGAUGUUAACUCUCUUAACAAAAGUGAUUCUGAUCUUGGGUAUCCUUGGAAAGGUAUCGUCAGACAUCAAUCAGGACUUGAGGAUAAUAGGUGGACAAGAUGCUGAUAUUGCAGACUAUCCGUAUCAACUAUCCCUGAGCACUGAGGAUAUAGGACAUUUUUGUGGAGCAGUUCUUAUUUCACCAACAUGGGCACUAUCGGGGGCACAUUGCAUGUUAUAUCUCAACGCUUCUUCGAUUACUGUUCUCUCCAACUCUUCCUCUAUCAACACGGGACUGAGAACAGCUGUAUCAAAAAUAAUUACCCAUGAAAAAUACGACUACGAUUCUGCAAGAAAUGAUAUAGCUCUUCUUCAACUAACAACACCUAUCAUCUGCUCCAAUUGUCAGAUAAUUAAGUUAGGGGCCGCUGAACCUCGAAAAGAUGAAAUGAUAACGAUAACAGGCUGGGGAACCACGAACUCGAAUGAUACCCUUACAGGAUCUGAUCAGCUCCAAGCUCUCAACAUUUCAGUCAUCGAUACAAGUAUAUGUCAGGAAAAUUAUAAUAUCAGAGGUGAUAUCAUCACGGAUGGGAUGUUUUGCGCUGGCAACCUCGAAGGAGGAGAAGAUGCCUGUGUUGGUGACUCUGGUGGACCUGGUGUCAUAAACGGAAAGGUAGCUGGUAUCGUUUCUUGGGGACAUGGUUGCGCAGAACCAGGCUUUCCUACGGUUUACACAAAAGUUUCUGCCUAUUUGGAUUGGAUAUACCAACACAGUUCUAUCAAACCUUGAAUAUAUACCAUUUUCAUAUUAUUGUUGAUAUUGAUUUAUAGAUACAGUAUUUCCACAGUACAUAUUCGAUUCAGAUGUGAAGAUGUAUGAGUUUUUUUUUCACU